AUGGGCUUAGCACAUUUCCCCACAUCUCUUCUCACACUAGCACGGCGAAGAAUACCAGAGCUACCUAGCCAACUCCUCUUCCUCCUCCCGUUAGCCGUCAAAACCCUAACCCCCCUGACUUCCGCAGCAAACACCACCACCACAAAACGCGGAGUUGCCUACCUAGGCCACACCUACACAUCCGACAACUCCCUCCUCCUACAAUUCACGCCGUUGAUCCAUGGCCUGAAUACCAUUGCAGAUGAAAACACUAUGCGUCUGAUCAACGGACUACCAGAUUCAUCUCGGCACCUUCUAACAUUCAACGAACCGGAUGGAAGCACCUCAUCUGGUGAUAGUGACAUCAGUCCCCUGGAUGCAGCGAAAGCGUAUAUCAAAUCGAUUGUCCCAUACCGCAAUGGCUCACACGCAAACUCUAUCUCUAAUCGACGCUGGAAUAUUCCCCACCCAUCCGUCACAGGUUCUACACCAGGGCUGGACUGGCUGCGAAAACUCAGCUCCUCGUUCUACUCCGUCGACCCCGAAAACGGCUGUCCCACAGAAUUCAUCGCCGUGCACUGGUACGGCGAUUUCGCUGGUCUAGCAGUGUGGCUUGGUACACUUGGCGAGUUAUACAAUAUCAAUCAUACCACCCCAUCCUCUCCUAAAUUGAAGAUCUGGAUCACGGAAAUGGCGCUUCCGCAACAGGACGGGGAUGCUACGGUACAGAUGAUGAACCAGGAGAAGUAUGCGUGGUCUGGCGCAUUUAGGACGGGGGAUGAGGUUGCGCUAUUUGAUAAAGUUGGGGUUGGUGGAGCUUGGGGCGCUGUAUUUGAGGGGUAA